AUGAGUAACUUUACCUCGUCAGAUCCCGCGGAGUACUACGGCAUUCACACCGGUCCGUGGAUCAACUGGUCAGAUGGACCAAUCCUUGGAGGCACUAUCACGCUCACGCGACGUGAUGGUGGUUUCUUGAUCUCGCUCAUCGCCCUGUUCAUUACGUGGACAGGAACCGCGUUCUGGAGAGCCUCUUGUUACUUCUUUCAUCACCGCUUUUCUUCCGAGGCUCCUCGAGACGGGAUAUACCACCAGCGACAGGCUAUCCUUCGCAACUCGGCCACCAGUGUUCUUAUCUCGAGUCCGUCCUGUGGCCACUUUGAUGAGCUGCGAGAAGUUAAUCAAUCACUGUACACCUCGGUUUAUGCACCCUACAGAGUGAAGAAGGACAAGGACUUCGCCAACUACGCCCAAAAUUGCUACACGAAUCUCUCCAGUUCCCAAGAGUGUCAGAAAUAUGUCCAACAGCAGCUGCCAUGGUCGGCCAAUAGGAAUGCGAGUUGCCCAUUUGGAGGAGAUCUAUGCAAGAGCCAGUUCGGGAACCUGGAACUCGACUCUGGUUUCAUCAACAGCAAUGAUCAUCUCGGCCUGAAUGAUCCCCCAGAGCGGCAAUUCAGAUACAGAUCUCUACUUCAAUGUGCGCCGAUAAAGAGUGAUGGAUACAAGAAGGAGUACAUUCAUUCAUUCGAUGGUCAGGAAGUGAAGUACAUGAGGUAUUACUACGGCGAGCUAAGGCCGGGGUACAACUACACUUAUGAAUACCCGGUGGGGUCGUAUGAACAAAAAAGGGGUGAAAAUGGCACGAGUGCAAACUCAGACUACGUUCUCGGGAUUAGACAAGCGAAGUAUGCGAACGGGGUUCCAACUUGGGACUCCGUGUUUACGCCUAUCCCCGAGCUCCGCCAAGUCGAAGGCGAUGUCACUUUGAUGUUUCUGUCCGCCAACUACGUGCUGUUCACGACGGAAACGGAUGAUCUUUGGUAUUCGGCACACAGAAAUGUUGAUCUAAUUGGUUUAUCGACCCUGGAGGGGAGGGUGAGGAUGUACUUCGCCGACGAGGCCGCCUCUGCCCUGGCAUGCGUCUCCCAGUACCAACUCUGCACUUCGAAGGAGUGCACCGAGUUAGGGACCUUGGCUGACACAUUCACACGCGCAAAAAGCCUCAAGAAGGCGGAGAAUUUCGACUGGUUCUCCUACGCACUGUCAACAUCCAUUGAGCGCAUUGCGGGCGGCCUCGGAAACUCGGGGUUGACGUCGAGAUACGCACUCUGGGUCGGUCUCCAGUCUCCACUGCCGAGCAACCAAUGGCAACUCGAAGUUGAACAUUGGUUUACGAUUUGGCUGUCCACCUUGCAGGGAAGCUUUGUCGUGGCUGCAACAGGUCCGUCUGAUCCGGAGGUGAUGCGGUGGGUCGAGACGCCGCAAAAUGAUGCGGAGAAAAAUAUAUGUCGGAGUCAGAAAAUCAUCACCACCGCAUACACCAACUUCAACACCUUCGGUCUCUGCCUCACUCUCGUCGUCGGCGCCAUAAUCAUUAUCCUCUCCUACACCAUCGAACCUGUGGCGCGCUGUUUGCAGAGGCGCCGUCAUCUCGACACUUACUCGCGUCUCGAGUGGUGCGCGAAUGAAACGUUACAACUGCAGCGCAUGGCACAUGAAGAGCUGGGAGCGGGCACGUGGCACGAUGGCGCGGAAGCCGUCCCAUACACGGAUAACGGGCAGAAGCUGGCUACGCUGGAUAUCACCAACCGCGAUCACCCGACCCUGAAAGCGCUACCCGCAAACUUCGAAGAGCUGCUCGCUCGCCGAAACGCCGAUGAUCAAAGUCUGCCUUCCAAGGAGGGUGAUGAGGCAGCUUCCGAUAAGGCUAGCUCUGACCACACUAUCAGCGGAAAAUUGCCCCACCACACAUGCACAGCUGUGGAAGUUUCAGAAAAUCCCCAAAACACCGAUGAGUCAGAGAAACACCGUGGAAAUGAGGCUGAUGAAUCUUUGAGAGUGAAAAGGAGGCCCAUCGACUUGUGUAAUGUCUGA